GAGAAAUUGAGGAUUAAGCAAAUAUUUUUUGAAGUAACCAUUAGUUAUAGAUUAUAGAUGUGGUAAUGAUGACUGCGCCUAAUUAGCUUUUACAACCAGGAUUGGAAGAAAGCGUAGGAAGUAGAGAGCGUAUUUGAGUUUUGGCUUGUAUGGUUUGGUUAGAGAAGAAGUAAAACAUUUUGGUUCAUGACAAGACAAGAGUGAAGAUGAACAAGUGUUAAGAAAAGGUGAAGAGCAAAGAAAAAUGAAAAAACAAAUAGGCUCAGUGUGCAAGGGACUGCCAUGUGGGGAGAAGGAAUAUCUAGAAAUGGGCUAAAUAAAGCAAAGAGAAACAGAAACCGAGUUAAAUUCUCCCUAUUUUCUUUGGUUGCCAUCUUCCUCUCUUUCACACAAAAAGACUCCAGGCCUCCCUAGGAAUUACAAUCAUCUCUCCUUCUCCAAACCCUUCAAUCGUAACAAGACAAAGGGUUAGGGAGAGAAGAGAAAAAUGUGAAUAUUUUGCUAUAUAUAUAUAUAUAUAAAGAAGAAAACAAAGCAGAGGACCAACAGAAUUCGAUGCGAUUCUCAGUCCAACAUCCUUUGAACAUUAUAAUGAUAUGGAUGUUGCUGAUGUUUGCUUCAUGUUUCUCCCCUUCCUCCUCUGCUCUUCUAUCCUUCGGAUCCCGCCUUAAGUGUGGAACUAACAACGAAACCUCCCAGAGAUUCGUUAGGAGUGUUGACAAAGUGAUGGGAGCUUUGUCCAAAUUAAUUGCUGCUCAGGGCUGGGGAACCUUCUCUGAUGUGGAUCCACCCUUCACUGUCUUUGGAUUAGGCCAAUGCUAUCAACAUGUCAACGGAAAAGGUUGUAAACUCUGUUUCAACACAGCCAAAGAAGAACUUAGAAGGUGCGUCCCGGCCACAUCGGGACGAAUCUUUCUUGAUUGGUGCUUUCAACGUUUCGAUAAUUAUAUGUUCUACAAUGAAGGGGUUGAUGCCAAAUAUGAUCACCUAAUCUGUGGCUCGCCUGCAGGUGUUUAUCAACAAGAGUUUCAAAGGGAAUUGGAUCAAGUGAUCAGGAAAGUAACCAAUACAGCGUUGGAGAACAAUGGAUAUGCGGCAAAGGCGGCCAAAGGAGGGGUGACCACCGUUUACGCAUUGGCGCAAUGUUGGAGGGCAAUUGAUCUAGAGACUUGCAGCGAGUGUUUGAGGCAUGCAGCCUCGGGGUUGAGGAAGUGUCCCCCUGGGGCUGAGGGCAAGGCUAUGUUUUCUGGGUGUUAUAUGAGGUAUUCCACCCAUAGGUUUUUUGGCCCAGAAGCUGAAACAGAGGACAAUAAGGGGUUUAGUCCUUGGGUCAUCAUAGGAUUGGCGUCAGCAGGAGUUGCAUGCGCCGUGCUUGGUGCUAUUGGUACUUAUAUAAGCUAUAAGAGAUUCUCCAAGAAGAAAGGGCUAGAUGACAUUCCAGCAACUCGAAACAAUACUAGUUUAAAUUACAUGUAUGGAACGCUUGAAAAGGCGACUGAUCAUUUUGAUGAAUCAAGGAAAUUAGGACAAGGAGGAGCAGGUACUGUGUUCAAGGGAAUUCUCCCUGAUGGUAAAGUUGUUGCAGUUAAAAGGUUGUUCUUCAAUACCCGGCAGUGGGUGGACCAGUUCUUUAACGAAGUCAAUUUGAUCAGUGGAAUUCAGCACAAGAACCUUGUAAGCCUUUUAGGUUGCAGCAUUGAAGGUCCCGAGAGCCUUCUAGUUUAUGAAUAUGUACCAAAUAGGAGCCUAGAUCAAAUCCUGUUUGUUAAGAACACAAUAAACAUUCUAAGCUGGUCACAUCGGUUCAACAUCAUAUGUGGAACAGCUGAAGGGCUGGCAUAUCUUCAUGGGGGUUCUGGAGUAAAAAUCAUUCAUAGAGACAUAAAAUCCAGCAACAUUCUCCUUGAUGAGAAUCUCAAUCCAAAGAUUGCUGAUUUUGGACUUGCUUGUUGUGUUGCUUCAGAUAAAUCCCAUGUUAGCACUGCAAUUGCUGGAACAUUAGGAUACAUGGCUCCUGAAUAUCUGGUUCGAGGACAACUGACAGAGAAGGCAGAUGUUUAUGCAUUUGGGGUGCUAAUGCUUGAGAUUGCCACUGGUAGGAAAAACAAUGUUUUCUGUGAGCGUUCAAGUUCUACUUUGUACUUGGUGUGGAAGCAAUAUAAGGCAGAAAGUAUUACACAAGCUAUCGACUCUACCUUAAAGGGCAGAUUUGAUGAGAGGGAGGCAUCGAUUGUGCUUCGAGUUGGGCUGCUGUGCACCCAGUCAUCAGUUGCACUAAGACCAACCAUGUCUGAAGUAGCUCAAAUGUUAACUGAUAGACGUUGUGUGAUUCCCUCCCCGAAACAGCCUCCCUUCUUGAACGCUAGUGUGCUAAGUCCUGAAGACACAAUGACUAGUUCUUUUAUGGUCGGCUCUUCAGCUUUAAAUGACCCAAGAACUCAAAAGCCUGGCACCUGAAUCAAAUAAUUGUACACAAUUAAAGCAUUGAGAUCAACGUAGCCUUCACUCUUCUAAGAUUGGCAGGGCAUGUAAUCAGAAAAUAUUUGCCCCACAUGGAGACUGGAAUUUUGUAUAUCUGAGAUUAGGUAGAGGCAAUGACUUGCAUUGGUUCUUUUUUCUUUUAACUUUUUUUCUCCCUUGUAUUUGCAUACAAAAAUUUAACCGUGUACAUAUAAUUAAAAGGAAAAAAAACCUUUUACAUCCCCA